AUGGUGGACGGCCGUGCUCCCGUGCCGAUGGGCCCGUUCCAGUGCGCCGAUGUCUCCAAACGUCUUGGCAAAUUCGAGAACACGGCGCCUGGAGACGACGGGCUCACCUAUCGGCACUGGAAAAGACUCGACACUGAGUGCACGGUCCUAACGGAGGUCAUCAACGUAUGCCUCCGUUAUAAGAUGGUUCCACCCGCAUGGAAGAAAGCGGUGACUGUGCUCAUAUAUAAAAAGGGAGCGAAAGAGGACCUCAAUAACUGGCGGCCCAUCUCACUCAGCCGGACGCUGUAUAAGCUGUACGUGGGGUGUGUCGCCGGUCGGCUGACGGAGUGGCUUCUGUCAAACAAGGUCCUCAGCCCCUGCCAGAAGGGAUUCCUGCCGGCGGACGGCGCGUUCGAACACAUCCACACUCUCAAUUGA